AUGGAGCAUCCCAAACGUGAAAUCACGGGCGUUGUGGAAGGCCUUGUGCGAGCCAAGACGGCUGAGGACCAGAAAAAGGUUCUAGAACGGUACUUUACCCCAGAUGCCUCCUUUGAUCACCCCAUGUGUGCUGUAAACUCUUGGCCUCACUCAAGAGAUAAUGGUAUCUUGCAAAUCUACCAGUGGCUGCGUAUCAUGUUUAUGGACACUCUCAUCGAGGUACACUCCGUCGCGUACGAUGAGUCAAACAAGCGUAUAUACAUUGAGGCCACACAAACGUUGCGUUGCAACCUUUCCUUUAUUCGCUCAAUACACGCACCAAAGGCAACCCUAGUGGUACUUCUGAAUUUAGUUCAAGGGUCUGAUAAGAAGUAUUACAUUUGCAAGCAACAAGAUGUGUACCCUAUCCAGGAGUUGCCAUGCAAACUGAUCCCUGGCCUGAGCACUAUGGUGAUGUUUAUGAAGCUCUUGGUCGGCAUUCUCAUUUCUAUUUACGUGGCAAUCUUCCAGCUCUUUGGCGUCUGGACUCUGAAACCGACCCGGACGGCCUAA